UGUAGUUCCGCAACAUUCUAGAGAAAUGAAGAAAUUUUAGAUACAAAUAUAUCAAUCCGCCUCUUAAAGUUCCUAAUUUCACCACGUCACUGCUUUGAUAAUGCAGGUCAUCGUCGCCUCUCCUCCGCUCAUCUCCGCCGCUUCUCUCUCUAAACCUUUGCAUUCUCUCUCCAAGGCCGCACUCUCUUUCUCUAGAGCCAAACCCCUUUGCCCUUUCCCCCAAACCUCACGACCCAUCUCCGUCUACAAAUCCCCGAUGAACAACCUCUUCAACAGGCUCGGUUUCGGAUCUCGUCCCCAAGCUCAAGUCGACCCAACUUCCGCCGCAAUCGCCCAAGGACCCGACGACGAUGUUCCGUCGCCAGGUCAGCAAUUCGCGCAAUUCGGCGCCGGUUGCUUCUGGGGAGUGGAGCUAGCUUACCAGAGAGUUCCUGGUGUGACCAAGACCGAGGUUGGGUAUAGCCAUGGCCUCAUGCACAAUCCGAGUUACGAAGAUGUCUGUACUGGCACGACGGGACACAACGAGGUUGUUAGAGUUCAGUACGAUCCGAAAGAGUGUAGCUUUGAGACCUUGCUCGAUGUUUUCUGGAAUCGCCAUGAUCCAACCACCUUGAAUCGUCAGGGGGGCGAUGUGGGAACUCAGUAUCGAUCAGGCAUAUACUACUACACAGACGAGCAAGAGCGCAUAGCUCGUGAAGCCGUUGAGAAACAGCAGAAGAUAUUGAACAAGAAGAUUGUGACAGAGAUACUUCCCGCGACAAAAUUCUACAGAGCAGAAAAUUACCAUCAGCAAUACCUGGCAAAAGGCGGUCGCAUGGGUUUAAGACAAUCAGCUGAGAAAGGUUGCAAGGAUCCAAUCCGAUGUUACGGCUAAGAAAAUAAGUCGGUCUUCCCUCAAGCACAUAAAAAGAAGUGAGUUGUCUCAUGAAAAAUACAAUAAUCUGUAGAUCACAUUUGUGUCUGGUCUUUGUUAUGUAACCAUUGGUAAUGAUGCGUCAUAUGCUUGCUUAUAAAUUUGUGUUUCAGAAACAACCAUAAGUUGUGACACACUGAAUCCAAAUCAGAAUCAUAAUAGCCAAUAUUCGGAUUUUAUCG